GAGGUGGAUCGCUUGGUUGGAACGGUUCCCUUCACUGGGCUGCUGCGCGGCUCUCUUGCACCUCCAGAGAAAGGCGGGGUGAGUCUAUCCGGUCUAUCCCAAGCCCUGUCUAAAAACGGACUCCUUCGGACAUCUGAGAAGGAAAAAAAACUCCGGGGCUGGAGCAAAGGCUGUUCAGAGGGAAACGCGUGUUGAGACCAUUAAUAUCUGAGACCAUUACGCACGGAGUUCAGAUACAGGAUUGACCGAGUCCUUCACGUUAAUGACAAUUUAGUUUAAUCACUUUUUUUUUUAAAUACAGUGAUACAAUCAUUUAGAAUAGAAAUAUUCAUUUGUUACAGAGGUGAAUUGCAUGAUUUCUAAAAACUCAAAGAUCUAUCGACAAUUCAAAAGGACAUUUCCAAGGAACCAUGAAGGAAUUAUCAACUUUCUGCCACAGGGUGACUCUGGUGGCUCUACUUCUAACAACUGUCUCAGCUACCAAGACGAACGUACCACGACUCAGACUUUCAUACAAAGACCUCGUGGCCACCAACCGGUCCUCUAUCUUCAGUGGGCAUGACGGUCAGCUCUCUCUGACCGCUGUGUUUCUGGACGAGUACCAUGACCGUCUGUUCCUGGGGGGCAAAGACGUCCUCUACUCCCUGAGACUGGACCAUACCAACCCGGACUCCAAAGAGAUCUACUGGCCUCCGCUGCCUGGUAACAAAGAUGACUGUGUCCAGAGAGGGAAGGAUUCUCAGACGGAGUGUGGCAACUUUGUGCGCCUGCUGCAGCCCUAUAACCGCACCCACCUGCUGGCCUGUGGUACGGGUGCCUUCCAGCCCAUGUGUGCCUACGUGUACGUGGGCCACCGUGGAGAGCAUGUUUUCACCAUGGACCCUACCAAUGUGGAGAACGGACGGGGGAAGGUUCCUCACGACCCCAGCCUCCCCUUUGCGAGCACCUUUAUUGGUGGGGAGCUUUACACAGGGCUGACUGCAGACUUCCUGGGUAGAGACUCAGUGAUCUUCCGUAGUCUGGGAGGUCGCUCCACCAUGAGGACUGAGACGGACCAGAAACUACUGCACGAUCCUAAGUUUGUUGCGGCCCACCUCAUCCCUGAUAAUGAUGACCGUGACAAUGACAAGGUGUACUUCUUCUUCACGGAGAAGGCCAUGGAGGCCGGAGACAGGGAGGGAGCCAUCCACACCCGCGUGGGACGAGUAUGUGCGAAUGACGCAGGUGGACAGAGAGUUCUGGUGAAUAAAUGGAGCACCUUCAUCAAGGCCAGGCUGGUGUGUUCUGUACCCGGGCCUCAUGGAAUCAACACACACUUCGACGAGCUGGAGGGUAUUUUCCUGCUCAAAGGCAAGGAUGAGAAGAACCCAGAUGUUUACGCCAUCUUCAGCACCAUCAGUAACGUGUUCCAGGGCUUUGCAGUGUGCGUGUAUCGUAUGGCAGACAUCCGGGAAGCCUUCAAUGGGCCGUUUGCGCACAAGGAGGGACCUGACUACCAGUGGGGGGCUUACGAGGGCAGAGUGCCCUAUCCAAGACCUGGGGUGUGCCCCAGUAAAAUAACCAACCAGCCUGGCAGACAGUUUGGCAGUACCAAGGACUUCCCAGACACAGUGCUUCAGUUUGCCCGGGGGCACCCCUUGAUGUGGCGCCCGGUCUACCCAGCCAUGAGGCAGCCUGUGCUGAUCAAGGCCAACGUGCCCUACCGCCUCAAACAAAUCGUGGUGGACCGCGUGGAGGCUGAGGACGGACAAUAUGACGUCAUGUUCAUAGGCACAGACACAGGCACGGUGCUGAAGGUCAUCGCCCUGCGCAACGGCAACUCUCUGGACACAGAGGAGGUCACUCUGGAGGAGCUGCAGGUCUUUAAGGUGCCAACUCCCAUUACCUCUUUGGACAUCUCAGUAAAAAGGCAAGCACUGUUUGUGGGUUCUCCAUUGGGUGUGGCUCAGCUGAGGCUCCACAGGUGUGAGACGUAUGGGAAGGCCUGUGCUGAGUGCUGCCUGGCCAGAGAUCCCUACUGCGCCUGGGACGGCACCUCCUGCACCCGCUACACCUCGCUCAGCAAACGCCGCUAUCGCCGCCAGGACAUCAGGCACGGCAACCCGGCCCUGCAGUGUAUGGACCAGAACCUCAGUGUGGAGGGGUUGGAUGUGACAGAGGAAAGGGUUGUGUAUGGAGCAGAGAACAACAGCACCUUCCUGGAGUGUGUUCCCCGCUCCCCCCAGGCCACCGUCACAUGGCUGCUCCAACGGGACGACCGCAAGGAGGAGGUGAAGCUGGAUGAGCGGGUGAUGCGCACGGAGCAGGGCCUGCUGUUCCGCCGUGUGCUCCGUCAGGACGAGGGUGUGUACGUGUGUCGCUCUCGCGAGCACGGCUUCACCCAGACCCUCACCCGCCUCUCCCUGGAGGUCCUGCAGGGGGACACACUGAGCGAGCUGCUGGCCCGUGACGACGCCGCCCUCGACGGUCCCCAGGGGGCGAAGGGCUACCGGGCCUGGCCUCCCUGCCACGCUCACAGGAGCACCGGCCCCCUCAGCCAACAGCGCUCCUGGUUCAAGGACAUCAUGCAGCUGAUUGGCCCGUCCAACCUGCCGCACGUGGAGGAGUACUGCGAGAGGUUGUGGUGCAACGACAAGCUGCGGCGCAAACACAAGAGCAUGCUGGACAAGUACCGGCAGGCGCAGGACAGCGCACGCAAGGCCCGCAACAAGGGCUCCGGGGAACGCAACCGGACGCCGCGGGAUGUCAGCAGCCGACAGCCGUAGAGGGGAGGGAGGAACGGAGAGGGGGAGGAAAUAGAGGACUGGGAGAAGGACCACAUGACACGAUUAAUGAGAGACUGAGAGAGAAAAGGAAGAGGUGGUAGUUCCAUGUAUUGCAGGAAGAGAGACACUGCCAACAGACUGUGGUGUUAAAAGGGUUGAGACUGAUGUGGAGGGGGGGGGACCAGGACUCAUCAACUCUCCUUGACUUCAUGAAAAAACCCUCAACUGUUUUCACCAAGGGACCCCUCCUCUCCAUUGCAACAUCAGUGACUCUGUAUAUGACUAUGGACUGACUGUACUGUGCUGUAAAUACUGUGUGGGGUUGGACUGCUACAACUGAUGACCUUUGACCCCUUAUGGCGCCCAUCUCUCUUUGGUCCGUGAGCCCAUUCCACACGAUGUACCCCUUAUGGCGCCCAUCUCCAGUCUGUUUGCCUCACCCUGCACCUCAUCAUACUUCUUCUGGAAGAAAUGGGGCUUAAUAUAUAUAUUUUUUAAGGGUUCUGUGUCUCACUUCCUGCACAGUAUUGCCGUUGUUUUUAGCAGUGUAAUCCCAUCACCCUGAAAGUCAUUCACAACCGUACAGUACGUUCUCAAGCCUGCAGUGUUGCCAUAACAACGCACCAGAGCAUUGCUUUAACUGAACGUUUUCAUGAGACGAUUGUUGACGGUUCAACAGAGAAAAGGCCUGUUUGUUUUAUCAGCUAGACUCCAGUUCCCACCAUUCCUAGUUGUGUCGUUCCUGACAAUGGAAGGAGAAGAACGGGUCGUUGGAGCUGAAUGUUCUGCUGGUGCUUUGUAAACACUGCUGCGUUAUUUAAAUACAGGGUUUAGCAAUGAUAUUUCUCUCUCUGUUGUUAAAAUGCAAUGUUUUCACUGACAGACUUCGCUGACAAGCUCUCCUUUCAAGGGCACUGGUUGUAGGGAAAGGGGGAGGGGGGUCAGAGGAGUGAAGGGACAGGGAGGAUGGGACAGGGGUGAGGGUAUGAAAUUGGGCUGGGUUCUAAAUAAGGAAUAGGGGGUAGUGAAUGGGGUCGUAGACGUUGUGGGUGUUUUUUAAAGUUUUUUUUUACAAUGGGUGGUGGAGGGAUAUUAAAUGAGUUGGGUUAAUGUGGGUGGGUGGGGGUCAGGGGACAGCUAUGCGAUCCUCCUUGGUUGGCUUGCGAAGGCUUGCCAGGAGAAGUGUGGGGUUUAACAACUCCCACUUGCUCCCAUGCCUUGGUUGCUUUCACUGGCAUACAAACUUGCCUGUAGAGGAGGAAGAGGUGGGGAGGGGGGGUCGAGGUGGAGGAAGAGAAAGAAAAGAAGAGAAGGAAAGGGUGGUGGAGGAAUACGGGCACUGACAGAAAAAAAAGGAGAGCUUAAAGUGCCAGUGUACACAACACACAGUUCUGUAAAAAUCCCGAAUCCGUUCGUGUGAAGUAACUAUUUGGAAAUGUGGCACGUUGUGUCCUGCCCAUGAGAGUGACUUCGGAAUAUGUAACGCAAGCGUCGCUCAAUCUUCCCGUUUAUUUUCCUAGUUUGAGAAAAGUGAGCCCUGUUGCUUUCUCUCCAAAUAUUGUUUCUGAUCGUAUCUUCGUAAAACCAACCAGAAUGUGACGGAGGAGAGAGCGUUGUUAAAUAGCCCAAGUCCCCUAGGCCUUUUUUUGUUGUCAAUUCUUUCUAAAUCCUAAUGUUUUAGUUCAUGAUUGGCGUGUCAAUGAGUUAACAUGAGAUAAAGCAUUAUAUCUCGAGCAGCCGUCCCUUCUAAUCAUGUUUCUACCGUUGAUGACUUGAGUAGAUUAGGGCUGCUAUACAGAGGCCCACCAGGUCUUAUUCUGAUUGGUUAUUAAAAAAAAAGCCAUUAAUAUAGCCUUGGAUAAAAGAGAAAAUGCUUUGCUCCACACAACACAAUACCUUAUGGUUCACAGCUAUGGGGGGAAAAAAACAGUAUUCAAGGGUUAUCAACACAAAUUGUACAGUGAACAUGAAUAAAACAAUGAAAACGCUGUUGCUGCCAAAAUGUCAUUUGUUUUUGCCUGUUUUUAGAUUUUUGUGGCGCUCCAUCCUGCAGCUACUAUCAGCAAUAGUUUGAGGGAAAAAAUUGUGUUUCUGACAUACUUUGUGUUCAAAGUGUCAAUGUUGAACUGUAACAAAGUGAGAAUUCCAGUCGUUGAUGUGUGGUUUGUAACUCAUUGGAGGGGACUCUUUUAUAGGGCCUAAUGUAAAUGUUUGCUGUAUUUAUGUCUUAUUUAAUGAGCUCUCCUGCAUGCGGUGUAAGUGUAUGCUAUUUAACAUAUUAAUACAGUUUUUUGUUUCUAACGUAAAA